AUGGCACGUCUGACGUCAUCGCACGACCCACGGGGCGGGCGUGGGCGCUGGCAUGGAGUAUCGCGACGACGUGCCGUGCGUGCGUCGCAGCCUCAAAGCAAGCGCCAUGAGAAUAUUCUUUCGAAUGAGACGCUGGAAACACAAGUUCAAAACGACAUGUCGCCCUUUCCAGCCGUGUUUCGUGAGCAUGUGUCGUGGCGCCGAGGGCCGUGUACGCAGGCCUCUGGGAUGGCCACACUGCGAAGCAUCUGUAUGUGGGUGGCUGUACAGCAUUUUUCCUCGCAUAUUUUGCCGACACCGCAGGCCCUCGAGGCUUUGUCAGGUGUGCGGUACACGGAGGCGCUUUGGUGGAGCGACGUGAACAAGGACCUUCUCAAGCAUAUGCCGGCCACGAUGAUGGAGGAGCUGUUUGAUCUCUUGUGCUUGCAUGCGCCAUGGUCUCUGACCAAGGAAAUAUUGACGAUGUACUUCUUACCGGCCGUGGGGACGUCGUCUCAACCACCACGCACGCGUUCGCGCCUUUUUCUUCCGGGAUCACUGCCUUUAUUUUCGCAAGAUGCCAAGUGUGCGUCGUUGAUAUUAGCUACGUUGGCCGGGAACUUUGCGCUAGCGAGCGAUGCGCAUGUGGUGACGAGAUGCAUCACGGCACUCGAUUUGCACGGUCUCACACGACUGCCGGGCGCCGCGGUGACACGACUACUGAGAGCACCGUCGCAAGCGAGUCAUGCGUGGCGUUUGCGACGCGUAUCUCUACCAGGCUGUUUGUCAGUGAAUGACGCAGCUGUGGCGACGAUAGUGCAGGUGACGGGCGACACGUUGGAGCACUUGGACGUGACACUUACCUCUGUGACAGCUAGCAGUAUUGCCGCGAUGGGAGCGGCGUGUCCGCGGCUGCAAGUCCUGAAGCUUGCGUGGUGCGAGCACCUGUCCGAUGCGAGUGUAUCGCAGGCGGUGAGUGACGCCAUAUCCCAAGGCGCGAUGUCGCGCCCGCCCAUGAUCCCCUUUCGAGCUCUGCACACGCUGGACAUGUCGCAUACGCUGGUGGGCGAUAUUGGUGUGAGUGGCCUACUGCGCCUGUGUGGUACACAGCUCGUAUCGCUGGAUGUGAGCUAUACGAGUGUCGCCGAGAGCGGCACGCUCGAUGUGCUGGCGAUGGGACUGGGCUCUGGCACGGAGCGCGUGUCGCGACUGGAGCAUCUCGGCAUAGCAGGACUCUGUGUGCAUGCUGUGUCGCUGCUGGACUUUGUCCACAAGUGGCUCGCGUACCCCGGCGAGGUGCGACAGGAGGCGCCAAGCUUGCGCUCCCUGUGCCUGGACAACAUGGUGGAGUAUGUGCGUCGACAGCCCUCGUCGCUCCAGGGAAGGCAAGGUCUCUCGGGCGAUACGAUGCUGAUGGUGGCAGCCAUGAUGCACCAUACGUGUCAUCAGCACCAUGUGGUGAUGGACUGUCUGAGCAUGAAUGGCGACAAGCGCCGUGCUUACGUCCCGAGUCACUGGGCUCUCCCACCUGACAGGAUGACGCGGGCAUGGGAGGCGUCGGGCGUGUCGAUGGUGCGUAUGCUGGCCACCUGCACGCGGCGUCUCUCGCUUCAAGGUCUAGACCUGUCACUGGCGGAUGCGGUAGGACACGCCCCUUCAUCCAGCGUGCUGACGGAGCUGUGCCUGCAGCACACCUCGCUGAGUGACGCGUCGCUGCAGUGCCUCAUCCCGAGCACGGGCGCUCUCACGUCCGUCUUCCUGGACAACACGCAAGUGACGCCUACCUCGGUGGAUGCUCUUGUGGCCGCGAAUCCACAACUAUCGAUCCUAGGCCUCUCACAGUGCCGCGGCAUCCCUGUGCGGGACCGCCGUGCCUACUGGGACCGGCGCUGA